AUGGCUGUCAUUGAUCACUCAGCAUUAUUCAUCCAGGCUGAAAGUUCUGAAUCAUCAUCUUUCAGAAACGAAACGACGACAUCCUCUUCUUUUCCUGUCGUGAUGGACCAUUUCAUUUAUCCAGCACAAGAAUGUUUGAAUUUGGCUCCAGUGAACCAAUUCUAUUAUCCAUUUCUGUACACCUAUGAUACCAAAUAUUAUGAUUUUUGCAAGAUGAAUGAUCCACAAGCAGUACCUUCUGAAAUUUACAAAAGUGGAUUCAUAACUGUUGAAGAGAGUGACAAUUCCUCGUCUUCUUCUUCUUGUGUGAAUAUUCUGUGUUCGACCGAUACGAGAUGGGACUUGACCAAUCAAACUCAAUUAACUUUAUUGGGAGUUUUAUUUAAUCAUUGCUUGCAUUGUAAUAACUCGAAUUCUGAAUGGUUUCGACAAGUGUUGAGAAAUCACUCGUGUCCAACCUUUACAACCAGUGCCUCUUUGAUUAAUUCAUCACAAGAUGAGGACUUUGUGAGCAAAUUUACUGCCAUUUCGCAAUAUCAUUGCAAUCACGAAACAGCAGAUUCAACCACCAGCAGCAAUCCGCAGAGAAUGAGACAUUUAGGAUUAUUUGAUUACAAUAUUUUAACUUCUCAAUAUUUUCGAAAAACUUUUUUAGAUUACUCAAAGAACAAUAACCUAUUUAAUCAAACAGGAACUUUUGGAGAUGCAAAUGCAGCAUUGAAAUCUGUUUCACUUUCAACUCUUUUCAAUUUUUAUUUUCAUGACUUGUUUGACAAGAUGGAUUCAAAUGAAUUGCCAUCAGCACCUUUGAAUGUUCCAAUCAGUUGUUGGUGUAAUUAUGAAUCUGAGAAUGGAAAAUCAUUUGGAUUUCAAUGCAAUGACUUUUACCAAAAUUGGCAAAUCAUGUUUGCAUAUAGAAUUUCAACAGUGAUCUUUGCCGUUCUCUAUGCAGUGGUCACAUUGAUGUUAGUUCUAUUCAUCACCAUUCCAAAAACAUUUGAAAGAAUUGUCUCCUUCAAAAAACGAGCAGAUGUCUCAUUGGAAAGUUCAACCUUUAAGAAAAUGCUUCUCUUUGUAAGACACUACUUUGAUAUUGCCACACAACCUCCUCCAUUCUUUGCAGCUGCUGCCUUCUCUGGAUUUGUGGAAAAUUUCUUGAGAUGUCUCUUUAAUUACAAUGCGUUUUUGCCCAUGCUCAAAUCGGCAUAUUUUCCUGGAUUUUUCAGAGGUUUAGCAGCUAUUCUGAUUAUAUGUGGAUAUUCAAGCUUAGUGGUAUCGUGGAGUCAUGUCAUUGAUUUGUCAAAGCGAACCAUAGAGAAAAGGGGAAAAGGACUUUCAAAAUUUAACAUGACCAUUCUCUCCAUCUUUUAUUGUGCUGUGAUCGUCGUUGCCUUUAUCACCGUUGUUGUUUUUCUAUCUGUGAGAAAUUAUGCAGUGGCAUGGAUUGUAUUGACCUUUUCUGUCCUUAUUUAUUUGUUGACAUUUGUGGUUGGGUUUACCUUUUAUGGUGUGAAGAUUUUCUUCGCAUUGAGAGCUACAGCACAAGAAAAGAAAAACUUUAUGGAAUAUCGAUUCACGAAAUUCAUUCUCUUUGUGACAGGAAUCUUCUUUAUUGGAUGGUUCAUUUCACUUGGAAUGUUAGUGACCUAUGUCUUUGGCUAUGACGCUUUAAGCUUAUUUUUGGGUAUAUCUCGAAAUCAAUUCAUGGAUGCUGGAUUGAAUGCAGUUCUGAUUGUUUCUUCAUACAUUACUUUUAGUGAUACUUGUUUUGAAAUGACCUAUGGAAAGAAAGCCACACUCGUGUUGAAUCAUGUGCUCAGUUGUGGAAGUCGAAUCGUUCAAAAUCAUUUGAAACGAGACAGACACGAAUCAUCAUCAUCACAGGCACCACAGAAGGAAUCACCCACCAAUUUCAACCAAAGUGCUGUUGUUGUUGCUGUGGUCGUCGAUGAAAAUUCAUGUCUGAAGAAAGAAUCCUCCCAUUCCAAUUCGAUCGAGGAUAAACACCAAUUGGUGUGA